GAUGCAUACAAGCAGCUGGAGGGGCGAGCGUGAGUUUCUGCUCAUUUCCUCCCCUUCUCAAUUAAAUCGCGUCUGAGUCAGCGCCUCGCCCUGUCCUCCCCACCCCCGUUCUCCCCUCCCAGGCCAUUGACAGGCACACGCCCGGAGGACCCGGGGACCAGCCGCCCUUUGUGAUGCUGAUUCGGGCUGGAGGAGCCCCUCCGUCUUUUGUCUGAUGUUUUCCAGGCAGACGGAGGAGGAGAGAGCGCAGCAGCAGCUCUUGAAAAUUGACCAGCCCCCCGAGCUGCGCGUCACAUCGGAGCAAAGACAAAACGCCCGCCUGCCUGGGCUUAGCGCGCACGCACAGCCGGGUCGGGAGGCAGACGGAGGCGCUUCCCUUACGCAGGAAACACAGGGCUUGGUGAUCCCCCCCCCCCAAAAAAUAUUGUCGAUCCAGGCUAUUACCCCGCCAGGGCAAACCGUCUUAGGCAGGCGCCGGCCAGGUGAGAGAACCCCCGGGCUUGGAGAGGCGGAAAUGUAACAUUUCAGCACCCUGGACAGUUCCGAGCGCGGCGGCGCUUUGACGGUCGGGCCAUGGCGAGCGUCCAGCAGGGCGAAAAGCAGCUGUUCGAGAAGUUCUGGAGAGGGACCUUCAAAGCCGUGGCCACUCCAAGACCCGGCAGCGUCAUCGUCGCCAGCAUCACCUCCCGCAAGCCCCUGGCCAGCACUGAGGCACUCAGCUGCCUGCCGCUUCCAACAGACAACAAGCACCCGGAGGAGCCAUGCCAAACUCAAGAGACCUCUAGCACCAAUGGCUGUGUGAGGUUGAAAGACAGCCAGGAGUACGCUAGGCACAAAUCAUGCAGCCCAUCCUGUACUGAGGAAUUCACACCACCUCCUACCAAGGGGAAGAAGAAAAAGAAGAAAUCUACGCGGAAGAAGAGAAGGAGGUCUCCGUCCUGCAGCCCCUCCCCACUGAAGAAGAAGAAGAAGAAGAAGAGCUCAAAGAAAAGGAAAAGAAACAGGUUUUCUUCAAAGAAGAGGAGACACAGUUCCCCAAGCCCCAAAGGCAAAAGGAAGGAAGAAAGAAAACACAAGAAACACUCUCGCAGUCAGUCACAGAAAUCCCAACGCCGCCGCCAUCGCCGCUGCCGCUCUGGCUCAGAGAGCACCAAUUCCCUCACAGAGAGCUGUGGAAGCAGGCCGGGAGCCAGGUCACGGGAGGAAGGCCGCAAAACGAGAUGGAAACACUCCCGGCAUUCCUUGAAGAGCCCUCGAAAGCCCGAUGGCACUACAGAGCUGACCACCACUCCUUUCCCUGGCUGCACCCCCCAGAACAACGGCUUGCUCCCCGCCACGGAAGCUAUUUCAAAGUCUGGGUGUCCUGCUGACCUCUUUAAAAAAGCAGAGGGUCGGGUUGGCAGGCUGGCCCAACAGAAUGGAGAAGCCCACGAGUACGACUCAGGAAAUGAUACUUCUUCCCCUCCAUCCACCCAGACAAGUGCAUCCAGGUCAAAGGGGGGCCCCAAACCACCAGGUGAUCAAGUCUGUGAUGGUUUCAGCCGGGCCUUCUCUUCCGGGAAGGUGAGCAACGGGAGCAGUUCUGAUUCAGGAAAUUCCUUCACCAGCUGCUUCUCCCGGACGAAGGGGGCAACUUUAGACAAUCCAUCUCCAAGGGUUCGAGCCAAGGAUCAAAGGUCAUGUGCCCGGAAUGAUUCUACAUCCAGCAGGUCAUCUCCAGAGUCUAACCACUCCCAUUUAUUACAUCACAAGGCGGGAUCCCGGUCUUCACACAGCAGAUCCUGUUCAUCAGGGACAAGAUCCUAUUCACGUUCUCCUAGCUACUCACCCAAGUCCUGCAAGAGAAGCCCCGGCAGCAGAAGCUCCAGGCAGCGGCGAAGUCCCAGCUAUGCUCGCUAUAGUCCUAUCAGGGACCGUGAACGAGAUCACAAGUACGGGUCCAGUGGGAAGGAGUCUCACAGGCACCGUGACCGCCGACGCCGCAAACAGUCAUAUUCACCCAUGAGGAAGCGGAGAAGAGAUUCCCCCAGCCAUCUGGAAGCCCGACGCAUAACAAGUGCCCGGAAGCGCCCAAUCCCCUACUACCGCCCCAGCCCCUCUUCCUCAUCCCCCAGCAGCAUCAGCAGCUACUCCUCCUGGCACAGCCCCUUCAGCUACUCCCCCAGCCGUAGCCGCAGCUACUCCAGCAAAAGGACCAGCCGCAGCAGAAGCUGGAGCAGCAGCGGCAGCAACCGGAGCCGCAGUGGCAGCAGCUCAGGGGCACGGAACAGCCGGCGGAGCGGCAGCAGGAGCGGCGAGUCGGCAGGCAGCUACAACAGCUUGCGGCGUUAGCGGACCACGCCCAGGAGGGGGUGCCCUUCCCUCCCACUUCAAUGGACUCAACGAAAUGAAUUUCUCAAGGGGCAGAUCCGGAAAGGCGUCCUGUUCUUGACCGGAAGCAAACGACACCACUCGUUCAGCAACCCUACGUUGCGGGGGACAUCCCAGAGGGAUGCAUCUUUCUAUCUUUUUUCCACCUGACCCACCAACCCAUGGGAAAAAAACCAGCAAUGAAAUUGAUCCCUUGUCAUUGCAGGCCGGCGAGUGCAAACCUGGGCUGUCUCUAGCACGUUUCUCCUGCACGGAUGGGAUCUGCUUCACACCAGUCCAUCAGCUCUGGGAACUCAAGAGAACUGGGUGCGUCCUCCUCUUGCCUGUAUCACAGCCACCGUUGGACCGUCCCAUUGAGGGAGUGCUGUUGAUGCCUCACCCCAAAUUCCUCCACUAUUCAGCAGGUCAUGUUGCUGGUUCCUGUUGCUCCCCAUUAAAGGCGGAGUAGACUUUGCUAUGUCAUCCAUUAAGAAUCCUGCAUUGCAGAGGGCUGGACUUGGAUGGCCCUCCCAACUCUACAAUUCUGUCCUUCUUCUGAGCUUCUGUCCUCCAUGUCCUUCUUCCUCUUGUGAUCUGCACCCUCAACCUUCCCUGGCUGACCCAGGCGGCUGCAGAAACCUCGCCUUCUGCCACCAGAGAGUGACAGUCGUGUGACAACAAACUAGUUGCCGGCCUUCCAAGGACGUCAAACUGGAUCGUCAAACUCAUCGUUAAUGUGGCGGCAUAUCCCAGUCCAAGCCAUGGAACUUAGUAUGACCCAAGGGUGAGGAACCUGUGGCCUUCCAGAUGCUUGAUGGACUCCAUCAACGUCCAUCAACUCCAAGCCAACAUGGCCAACAGUCAUGGAUGUUUGUGGUCUUCCCAGCUGGGUCAUCUUGAUUGGCCAUCACAGGAUGCUGGAAGAGAUGGGCCUUUGGCUGGGCUCUUCUUAGAUAUUUUUGGAGAGUUGAAGUCCCACAACAGCUGGAGGGGCACAGGUUCCCCACAACCAGGACCACCCCCAACCUACGAUUCUCAAACCCACCUCUGGAAUUAAUGAGGAGGCGUUAAAAUCUACCAAGCUAAUGAUGCAGGGAAUUUGAGGGAGGGGGUAAAGUGAAGUGAAAUAGCAUCUCCAACAUAGAUAAGGGAAGUCCAUCACUCUGAGGAAGGCGAGGCAUCGUGUGCAUUAAUACCCUUUGACCCGUAGCAACAUUCAUUUUUGUAAAAACCUGUAUAAAUAGAGGCAAAAAAGGAGAGAGAGAGACAGAAGUUCCGUGUUAUUUAUUGGAGGUGGGAGGGAUCUCUGAACAACCCCCUCCUCCGCUGUAUUGCAUCCACCCCAACCUUUCCUGCCAGACCACAUAGAGGGUGGUUAAAUGUGGGAUUUUGCAGACCCUGGAAAGAUGUGCCUGCUUAGAGGGCUGUCCACAGGCGUUUGACUCCGUGGCAGCAAAGGCUCCUUCUUUUUCCCUCAAUCCGACCGUGUGCUGUUAUAUGUUCCUUUGUUAUUUAUUGAUUGCUGUAAUUAUUUAUUACGUUUGGGAUUCGGUCCUGAGUUGCAUGUCAAUCACUUGCUGUCGCUAUCAAAGUUUAAUUUAUUCCCAUUUUUGAGCACUAAGUUAUUAGUAUUUAUUAUUAUUAUUGGGGUUGUUUUGUUUCAUUUAAUGCAGGAAUGUAGAGGCCCACGAGUGACGUUCAGGCUCAGUUUUACUAUAUUUUGCUACCUCUGGCUCUUUCCCCCUAAUUAGGAAUGUCAGAAAACUCUGAUGAAAAUGGAAAUAGGAGUGGAAAUUGCUGGUGUUUGGUCCCAUAUCUGGGGUGGAAAUCAAUCCGAUGAAUUCAAUUGGGAUUCACUGUUAUUGGUUUCAAUCUGCAAAUCAUAUGUUGCUGAUUACACCCCCCUUUUCACUAUUAGCAUUGUGUUUUCUUUGCAUUGAAAUGAUGGGUGGAAAAACAUUACUAUUGUUAUUGUUAUUAUUAUUAUUUUCAUUUAUUACCUGCCCUUUACCCUAAGGUCUCAGAGUGGAUUGCAACAAUUGAAACUCAACGUUAAAAACAGUUUAAAUCCACUUACAGUCACAAAAUUAAUGCGGGUCCUAUCGCAAUGACAAUAUGCAAUGAUUACAGAAAUUACGCAAGUUAUGUAAUCUCACCACAGCAGAUGGCGAGACGCAACGUUAAAAGUAGCUUAAAACAACUGACAAUCACAAAGUAGGGUUGAGCCCUAUUGCAAUGGCAAAGUAACUUACAUAGUUAGUUACCUAAAUCACACAUUUCACAAUUUUGCCCCAGUGGACCUGGAAAAAAAGAAUGUUGCUUUGUAUGGAAAAUGAAUCGCAGCAGUCAGAAGCAGUGCUGCAUGCAAUCAGAGGCAUAGCAAGGUCAGAUGGUGCCCAGUGCAAAAAAAUAUUUGUCACCCCCCAAAAAGUUGUUGAAGGUUAGGGAAGGUUGCCCAGAGUUGUUGAGCAAAUCUGACUGCCAAUCGCAUAAAACCGCCCAGCGGAGGGUGCAAACGCAGCCUGAUGGGGGGUGCAGGACUGAUGUCGGUCGGUCACGACUGGACCUGAUGGUCAGGGGUCCCUUUACCUUUAAGCAUGAUACCCGAGCCAGACCGCACCCCCCUUGCAAUGCCCCUGCCUCUACCCACAAUGCCACCUUAGUUCGGAGGCUGCUUGACUCCUUCAGCAACUGUGACUGGCUAAACCAAGCAUUCAGUUCUGGGUGGUGCUCCUCCUAGAACAAGGCAUAUUUACACCACCACCCCUAAGCAUGACACGCCGGGACAUGGGUGGCACUGUGGAUUAAACCACAGAGCCUAAGACUUGCCAAUCAGAAGGUCGGCGGUUCGAAUCCCCGCAACGG